GAGAAGAGGACAAAGAUACUCAGAGAGAAAAAGUAAAGGACUGAAGAAGGAGACUGGAGAGACCAGGAUCCUUCCAGCUGAACCAAGUCAGCCGCAAAGCAGACUAGCCAGCCGGCUACAAUUGGAGUCCGAGUCCCAAAGACAUGGGCUUGUUAGAGUGCUGUGCAAGAUGUCUUGUAGGGGCCCCCUUUGCUUCCCUGGUGGCCACUGGAUUGUGUUUCUUUGGGGUGGCACUGUUCUGUGGCUGUGGACAUGAAGCACUCACUGGCACAGAAAAGCUAAUUGAGACCUAUUUCUCCAAAAACUACCAGGACUAUGAGUAUCUCAUCAAUGUGAUCCAUGCCUUCCAGUAUGUCAUCUAUGGAACUGCCUCUUUCUUCUUCCUUUAUGGGGCCCUCCUGCUGGCUGAGGGCUUCUACACCACCGGCGCAGUCAGGCAGAUCUUUGGCGACUACAAGACCACCAUCUGCGGCAAGGGCCUGAGCGCAACGGUAACAGGGGGCCAGAAGGGGAGGGGUUCCAGAGGCCAACAUCAAGCUCAUUCUUUGGAGCGGGUGUGUCAUUGUUUGGGAAAAUGGCUAGGACAUCCCGACAAGUUUGUGGGCAUCACCUAUGCCCUGACCAUUGUGUGGCUCCUGGUUUUUGCCUGCUCUGCUGUGCCUGUGUACAUUUACUUCAACACGUGGACCACCUGCCAGUCUAUUGCCUUCCCCAGCAAGACCUCUGCCAGUAUAGGCAGUCUCUGUGCUGAUGCCAGAAUGUAUGGUGUUCUCCCAUGGAAUGCUUUCCCUGGCAAGGUGUGUGGCUCCAACCUUCUGUCCAUCUGCAAAACAGCUGAGUUCCAAAUGACCUUCCACCUGUUUAUUGCUGCGUUUGUGGGGGCUGCAGCCACACUGGUUUCCCUGCUCACCUUCAUGAUUGCUGCCACUUACAACUUUGCCGUCCUUAAACUCAUGGGCCGAGGCACCAAGUUCUGAUCUCCUGUAGAAUUUUCCUUUUCUCUAAUAGCGAGGCUCUAACUUACACAGCCUACAACUCUGCGUCUCCUGUGUUAACUCUUUGCCUUUGCCACUGACUGGCCUUCUUCUUACUUGAUGAGUGUAACAAGAAAGGAGAGUCUUGCGGUGAUUAACGUCUCUCUGUGGACUCUCCCCUCUUACAUACCUCUUUUAGUCAUUUUGCUUCACAGCUGGUUCCUGCUAGAAAUGGGAAAUGCUUAAGAUGGUGACUCCUCAACUGCAAGUCACAAAGAAAUGGAGGCUCUAAUUCAAUUUUCAAGCAUCUCCUGAGGACCAGAAAGUGUUUUCUUCUCAAAGGGCUCUUCCACUGGUGGAAACAAAGUGGAGAGAAAAAUGCUCAGGUAGAGAGAAGGGAUGUACCCGGCCCCCUUGCCAUCUAUAGGGUAGGGGCCAAAUAUAUUCUUCUUAGUGUACAAAGCAGAGAACUCACUCCUGUCUCCCUAUUACCACUGAAGAUAGAAGAAAAAAA